GGCGCGGCGCGGGGCGGGCCGUGGGCGGUGGCGGAGGGGGCGGCCCUCGCCGAGCCGGCCUCCCUGACGCGCGCCUAUAAGGCUGGCGGGCCGGCCCCACAGCCAUCCCCUCGGCCGCUCCCUUCUCGCGUCUCUGCAGCCGCGCUCCGAGCCCAGCCUUCAGCCAUGGCAUGCCCCCUGGAUCAGGCUCUGGGCCUCCUGGUGGCCAUCUUCCACAAGUACUCUGGCCGGGAGGGUGACAAGAACACGCUGAGCAAGAGCGAGCUGAAGGAGCUGAUCCAGAAUGAGCUCACCAUCGGGGCGAAGCUGCAGGAUGCUGAAAUUGCAAAGCUGAUGGACGACCUGGACCGGAACAAGGACCAGGUGGUGAACUUCCAAGAAUAUGUCACCUUCCUGGGGGCCUUGGCUAUGAUCUACAAUGAUGUCCUCCGGGGCUGAAAAUAAAUUGGGAAGGUGGAGACACCCUUUAGCUGGCCUGUCUAGUGGUGGGUAAUUGUACAAUAAAUUUUUUUUUUCAUCAAAUCUA